AAGGAGCUCGAGGCACCCACGCCACGCUCGCGCUCAAAGCCUGGUCGGUAACAGAGCCAAGGUGCCAUUUCUCGACCCCCCUCUCCACAUACCUCUCCUAGCUAGCUACCCAUCCGCUUCCACUUGGCCAUUUCCCAUCCCACAUCCUGCUUGCUUCCGGAGCUCAUCAGCAUCGCUUGGCCUAAGGCUCGCUUCAACUGCCUGCUCUUCUCAGCUCAUCCCCUGCUGGUGUAGCAUUUGGAGUCUCGGAGACUUUGAAUUGGCUCGCCAAGAACGAGUCCUAUGGAAGAAAGCUCCAUGAAAAGAGAAGGCAUGCCUCGACUCCUGGAUCUCAUCCCGGACGAGAAAGAAUGGAGCCUGAGAGGAGGAGCGCCAGGGCAGGGCAGGUCAAAAAACACAGGCUUCGGGAGCGACGAGGACGAGAAACUGGAGCUGAAGCUUGGCCUUCCAGGCCUCGUACAAGAGGAGCCAGCGGCCAGCUCAAGAGAGAAGAGGGUGCAUCAGGAGAGCCCGGCCCUCUACCUUAGGUACCCCCCUAGACACUCCACGGCCACCACAACGACGACCACCACCGGAGCAAAGAGGGGGUUCCUGGACACGGUUGAGGCCAAAGCACAAGGUUAUGAGAAGGAGCAGGCGAGAGCAGCAGCAUGUGGGAAGGAACUGGCGAUGGAGGAGGAAAAUACAGAGGCCGUCGGUGAGAGGAAGAAAGGGUGCUGUCCCCCACCACCACCAGCACAUGCCCCUCCUGCUACACCUGCGCGCAACAUCGGCAACAGACCGCAGGCGCGGGGAAGAGGGGCUGCAGCUCCAGUGGUCGGCUGGCCUCCAAUCCGGUCAUUCAGGAGAAACCUUGCAAGCACUAGUGCAUCCAAACAGCCCCCUGAACCACAAAUCGGUGAAGCCGAUGCCAAGGCCGUGCUUGACUGCAAGAAAAGCCCUCUUGUGAAAAUCAACAUGGAUGGGAUCCCCAUUGGAAGGAAAGUUGAUCUUGCAGCAUGUGACAGCUACGGGAGACUUUCAUUGGCUGUCAAAGAUCUCUUCCACGGGUUUCUUCAAGUGCAAAGGGACCCGUCGAAGGUUGACCGUACACAGCAAGGAGCAGAUGAAAAAAUAUUUUCGCAGUUGCUAGACGGGUCCGGUGAAUAUACUCUAGUUUACGAAGACAGUGAAGGAGACAGGAUGCUGGUUGGGGAUGUCCCUUGGAAUGUGUUUGUUUCGACCGCUAAAAGGCUGAGGGUUCUGAGAAGCUCAGAGCUUUCCCAUGAUCUGAUUGGAGCUACUCCUGAGAGAGCAGCAAAUGGCUGAAAUGGUGACACCUUUUCAACCAUUUGGAAUGUUGCUCACUGAAGCCGUAAACUAAAGGAACUCCUAAGAAGCAGGGGAGACCUAAAUCCUGUGGUCAGUUUGGAGAUCGUUAUCCUUUUUGAGGAUUAGUAGUUCGGUAACCUUUUUUUCUUGUAGUGAGAUGAAUUAGCAUACCGCAGAUGCAUGGAGAUAUCCUGCCUAUUUUGUAAAUUAGGCUACCUUGUAUUUAACGCUAUAGUUCUCGAUUCAGUUACAUAGAUUUGGCGCCUAUUUUCUCUGACAAAUUUGUAACCUGACAUGCAAAUCUGUUCAUGACAAAAGAGGACCAGCACCUGGCC